AUGCCACCACGACAAAAGUUAAACGAAUUCGACAGGACCCGGGCAAUUGCCUGGCUGCAGUAUGGAGUUGGUGUACGCGAAGUGCCACGCAUACUUCAGUUAUCCCACCUCACCAUCAUACGGCUGAGGCAGUGGUUCGCGGUGACAGGAAGACUCCUAGAGCGGCGUCGCAAAGGUCGUCCCAAGAAAACGACCGUAAGAGAGGACCUCUACAUCCAACACCAAGCCACACAGAAGCGGACUAGCUCUUCCAGCGUCUUCAGGCGACGUCUGCGAGCUGCCACCUACACAACAGUCAGUUCCCAGACAAUACGUAAUUGCAUUCAUGACGUCAACCUUCGUGCUCGUCGUCCAGUCAGAAAACCUACGCUGACCCAGAACCAGCGAGCCAACCGUCAAAUCUGGUGCACUGCGCACCAGAGGUUGACAAAUGCCCAGUGGACAGAGGUCUUGUUCACUGAUGAAUCUCGGUUCUGUUAG